GAGAGAGAGAGAGAGCCACGUCCUAGACAUUUCUCAGGCAUGGCGUCAUACGUCACCUUCUCAACGGUCACUCCCGUGGCGAUCACCGGCAACAACAGUGGGGGAUACGCUCUCUCAGCCUUCACGCGCCGCUGCGUAGCUCCGUCUCCGAAUGCUGGGAGGAGGAUGUUCAGAACGUCGGUUAUGGCGAAAGCGUCGACUGAGAAGGCGGCGAAGAAAGCUAUGGAGUACAGGAAGCUAGGGGAUUCGGAGCUCAAUAUCAGCGAGAUUACUAUGGGCACUAUGACAUUUGGGGAGCAGAAUACUGAGAAAGAAUCUCAUGAGAUGCUAAGUUAUGCAGUUGAGCAUGGCAUCAACUGCAUCGACACUGCAGAAGCCUAUCCUGUCCCAAUGAAGAAGGAGACCCAAGGGAAAACGGAUCUUUAUAUCAGUAGCUGGUUGAAGUCUCAGAGCCGUGACAAGUUUGUUUUGGCAACUAAACUAUGUGGGUACUCAGAAAGAACAGCAUACCUGCGGGAGAAUGCGGAGGUUACGCGUGUGGAUGCAGUUAAUAUCAAAGAAAGUGUCGAGAAAAGCCUAAAACGCCUUGGCACUGACUACAUUGAUUUGCUUCAAAUACACUGGCCAGAUCGGUAUGUACCACUCUUUGGUGAUAACUACUAUGAUACAUCGAAAUGGAGAGCUAGUGUGCCAUUUGUCGAGCAGCUAAGGGCCUUCCAGGAUCUCAUAAACGAAGGAAAGGUUCGAUACAUUGGUGUCUCAAAUGAAACUUCAUAUGGAGUGAUGGAGUUUGUUCACACAGCAAAACUUGAAGGACUACCAAAGAUUGUAAGCAUCCAGAAUGGUUACAGCUUGCUAGCUCGGAUCCGUUUUGAAGUUGAUCUGGUAGAAGUAUGCCACCCCAAAAACUGCAAUGUUGGCUUGCUUGCUUAUUCCCCUCUCGGAGGCGGCUCCUUGUCUGGAAAAUACUUGGUUACAGACUUAGAAGCUACAAAGAACGCAAGGCUGAACCUUUUCCCUGGAUUCAUGGAGCGUUACAAGGGAUCCUUAGCCAAGGAAGCAACAAUCCAAUACAUUGAGGUGGCGAAGAAGCACGGUUUAACUCCGGUGGAGCUAGCUCUCGGGUUUGUACGUGACAGGCCUUUUGUGACGAGCACGAUCAUCGGAGCUACAUCACUGGAGCAGCUCAAAGAAGACAUUGAUGCUUAUCUGGUGACGGAAGGGCCGUUGUCGCCAGAAGUCAUUGCUGACAUUGAAGCCGUGUUCAGAAGGUACAAAGACCCUUCUUUCUUUUGAGAACAAAAAGGGUUUCUUCUCUUUAUGAGUUUCUGACCUCACAUGAACGCUCUUUUUUCCUCUCCAUGCUUUAAUAUUGUUUGUAUGAUAAUUAAGAACCAUCAGGAAAAAAACUGUGAAAAUGUUAAAAGAAAAAAAAGUAAGUUCUCAAGUUUGUUGUC